AUGCCGACUUCUACAGAGUUCUUUGGCGUCACUGCCUAUAAUCUGGGUCCAUUGACUACAACAUUCUCAGCCCCAUCGGCCUGUGCAACUGGCAACGAUCAUCACGUCAUCGUCAACGGAAGCAAACCCGAUGAGGUCUGGGGACAUCCGACAUGCGGUUUCAAAGACCGCGGUAGCUGUCUUCCUAGCGGAAAGUCUUAUGAUUCGCUAGCAAGUGUGACUACUCCGCUGAACCGGGCCUGGAACUUUUACUACUCACCUGGCAUAGCCUGCCCAUCGGGAUGGACUACCGCUGGGACCAUGAUCAAGGAGGGAGAAUCUUCCGUCAGCGUAUCUGGCGUGUUCUCCAGUCGCUUGCAGGCGUCUAUCACCGGAGCGAUAGAGCUUGAGCCUGCUGACUGGUGGGCCGAAAUUAUGAACGUGUCCGAGACAAUUGCCUAUUGUUGCCCAAGUGAUUACGUGGCAAACCCUGCUGGAUACUGUUUUUCAACGGUUGGUCCAAGGACCGACUUCAACUAUUCGUCCAUGUGCUACAGACCGACACCAGUGGACUUAAUCACGGUCACGAGUUUGGAUGGCGUGUCGUUAACGCAGCCGUUAAUUUCUUUGGACAUUCUGACAACACCGGGUUCGACGUUUGAGGAUGACCGACUGUUUACUCAUUCACUUUACUCAACUGAACUUGUUGUUGCUACUUGGGUGCCUGCUGUGCCUCUGAUUCACCAGCAGUCCGAUGUAGAUGAAGCAGAGGAGGAUGACGACGAGGAUGAUGACGAUGAAGAUGCUGGUGGAAAUGCUGCUUCCACCAAGACACCAGGAAACGGGGUUGUGAGUGUUCUCGGACUGGCCCUGGGUAUCCUGGCUGGUAUAGGCAUGCUUCUAUGA